CCGAGAGGGUCGGGGACGUGUUUCAACAGAUGGUCGGGGUUAGCGUGUCAUCUCGUUCGAGUGGGGAUUAGGGGAGCCAACGGCUGUCGACCCGGAGCUGUGUGGUCUCCUCUUCCCAACUUAACCAGCCCAAGUUGAUUGCACACUGAUGAAUGCUGAUGUUUGAUGUUUGUUUCAAACUACAGGCGAGAACCUGAAAACUAAAGAAAAACAACAUUUGUACAAGAGUUUAACUGUGCCUUGGACUGAUAACAAUGAAUCAUUAUUACAUUGCUUUUAUGUGCACUGUACUUGGCACUGAAGUACUAAAGAGCUUCGGUACCCCUGUCAAGUCUCCAAGAUUCAGAGGUCGGGUGCAGCAUGAACGAAAAAAUAUUAGGCCAAAUAUUAUACUUGUGCUUACAGAUGACCAAGAUGUGGAGCUUGGGUCUUUGCAAGUGAUGAAUAAAACCAGAAAAAUAAUGGAAAAUGGAGGUGCCAGUUUUGUUAAUGCAUUUGUAACCACUCCAAUGUGCUGUCCAUCUCGGUCCUCGAUGUUGACAGGGAAAUAUGUUCACAAUCACAAUGUCUAUACUAAUAAUGAGAAUUGCUCUUCUCCCUCCUGGCAAGCAACACAUGAGCCACGUACCUUUGCUGUGUAUCUCAACAAUACUGGAUAUAGAACUGCUUUUUUUGGAAAAUACCUCAAUGAAUACAAUGGCAGCUAUAUUCCUCCUGGCUGGCGAGAGUGGGUUGGUUUAAUAAAAAACUCUCGUUUCUAUAAUUACACUGUUUGUCGCAAUGGCCUUAAAGAGAAGCAUGGAUUUGAAUAUGCAAAGGACUAUUUUACAGAUUUAAUCACCAAUGACAGUAUCAAUUAUUUCAAAAUGUCUAAGAGGACAUAUCCCCAUAGACCUAUAAUGAUGGUGAUCAGCCACGCAGCUCCCCAUGGCCCAGAGGACUCUGCACCACAAUUCUCUGAGCUGUAUCCAAAUGCUUCUCAGCACAUAACUCCGAGUUACAACUAUGCACCCAAUAUGGAUAAGCAUUGGAUCAUGCAAUACACAGGGCCUAUGCUUCCCAUCCAUAUGGAAUUUACAAAUACCUUGCAACGCAAAAGACUUCAAACUCUGCUGUCAGUUGAUGAUUCCAUGGAAAGGUUAUAUCAUAUGCUAGUGGAAACUGGAGAACUGGAGAAUACUUACAUUAUUUACACUGCUGAUCAUGGUUACCAUAUUGGACAGUUUGGACUGGUCAAGGGAAAGUCAAUGCCAUAUGAUUUUGAUAUUCGCGUUCCUUUCUUUAUUCGUGGUCCAAGUAUAGAGCCGGGAUCAGUAGUAUCUCACAUAGUGCUAAAUAUUGACCUUGCUCCAACAGUUUUGGAUAUUGCAGGACUUGAUACACCUCCAGAUAUGGAUGGCAAAUCUAUUAUAAAACUUCUGGACCUUGAGAAACCAGGGAACAGGUUUCGAACAAACAAGAAAACCAAAGUUUGGCGUGAUACAUUCCUGGUGGAAAGAGGCAAAUUUUUACGUAAGAAAGAAGAAUUGGGCAAAAAUACCCAGCAGUCAAAUCAUUUGCCUAAAUAUGAGAGAGUAAAAGAAUUAUGUCAACAAACACGAUACCAAACAGCUUGUGAACAACCUGGCCAGAAAUGGCAGUGUAUUGAAGACACAUCUGGAAAACUACGUAUUCACAAAUGCAAAGGGGCCAGUGACAUUAUUGCUAUGAGAAAAAGAACACGGAGUUUACAUUCCCAGGGAUAUAGCAGCAAAGAAAAUGACUGUGAUUGCAAGGACGCUGAUUAUCAGACCAGUCGGGCCCAAAGGAAAAGUCAAAGGGGUUUCAUGAGGACCUCCAGUGUACAAAAAUACAAACCCCGGUUUGUCCAUACUCGCCAAAGUCGGUCCUUAUCUGUGGAAUUUGAAGGGGAAAUAUACAAUAUAAAUCUGGAGGAAGAAGAAGAGAAGGAAGAGGAGGAAGAUGAGGAGGAGUUGCACAUCCUUCAGCCCAAAAGCAUUGUUAAGCGGCAUGGAAGUUACAGUGAAGAGGAAGAGGAUGAAGAAGAGGAAGGUCAUCCAGAAGAUAGUGAUGGAAUUAAAGCAGUGCUUGCUGAUGGAACUAACACAGUUGGCCAGCCAGAUUCUGUCAGAGUUACUCAUAAAUGUUUUAUUCUUUCAAAUGACUCUAUUCAUUGUGAAAGGGAACUAUAUCAUUCAUCCAGAGCUUGGAAAGAUCACAAAGCCUACAUUGACAAGGAGAUUGAAGCUCUCCAGGAUAAAAUUAAAAAUUUAAGAGAAGUAAGAGGACAUCUUAAAAGACGAAAACCAGAUGAAUGUGACUGUAGCAAAAAGAGCUAUUAUCACAAAGAAAAGGAGGCAAAAGUUCAAGAAAAGCUUAAGACAAGUCACCUACAUCCAUUCAAGGAAGCUGCUCAAGAGGUGGAUGGUAAACUUCAGCUCUUCAAAGAGAAUCGGAGGAGAAAAAAAGAAAGGAAAGGGAAAAAGCGCCAGAAGAAAGGAGAUGAAUGCAGCCUUCCUGGACUCACUUGCUUUACUCAUGACAACAAUCACUGGCAGACUGCACCAUUCUGGAACUUGGGAUCGUUUUGUGCUUGUACAAGUUCCAACAACAACACUUACUGGUGUUUGCGAACAGUAAAUGAAACGCACAACUUCCUCUUCUGUGAAUUUGCUACAGGAUUUUUGGAGUAUUUUGAUAUGAAUUCUGAUCCGUAUCAGCUAACAAAUUCAGUACAUACGGUAGAAAGAGGCAUUUUGAACCAGCUACACCUUCGGCUAAUGGAGUUACGAAGUUGUCAAGGUUAUAAGCAGUGCAAUCCAAGACCUAAGGGACUUGACACAGGAAAUAAAGAUGGAGGAAGCUAUGAUCCACACAGGAAAUUCACUCUCAUCCUCAUACUUAAACAGAGGAAGAGAGAGAAGAUAUAGUGCAGAAAGAAUGCUCAGCCAUUUAUUCACCAAUCCACACCCACCUGUCUUUCCAUCUAGAACAUCUACAUAUCACUCUUUGUGGGGCAUCAGACAUCUCCAUGUGUUAAGGGAACCUGGAAUGAAGAAUACAUUCUUGUACUGUUUUACGUACUGUAGGUCAUGAUGUCCUAAAGAGGGUGCUUAAAUAUGUAUACCUUUGCACACCAAAACAAAUUCAAUUGCACUUAUAGUAUAGAUGUUCAUAUAUUUGAGUUUAUAUUGGAUACUUGUUCACUUUUUCUCUAUAGAACUUGAUUUUUUAUAAAACUGAUGGGUAUCUGGUCCAUAAGACACUUAUGUACAUUUCCCAAAUAAAAUGCCAAAAAGUGUUAUGUAUUUCUGCACCAGUAAAAUUGAUGUUAUAAAACUGUUGAAGUUAAGCCAAUGUGGACUGGAUCAGCACCCAGAUGAUAUGAAAUUCUGUGAGAUAAUAAUUAUUAAAUGCAUUUUAAAAGAAGGGUAACUCUUAGGAUUAUUGGAUUGUUUUGCAAAACUUCAGUAAGAGGUUGGGCUUUGCUACAUAUUUAGAAUCAAAUAGAAAAUAAUUAUUUACAUUGUGCACUUUUGGGAUUUACAAGCUUCCUUCUGCUUAGUUUCUCAAGGAUUGUUACUCUGUCAAACUGCUUCAAGUUGCCUCUGCUUAGUACUUGGUGGCAACAAUUAGCAGUCUUUACACACUUCCAAUUGAUAGCUCAGUGACUACCUUCACCACACAUUAGAUUGCCUCAGGCUAAGCCAGAGGUGGUUGUAGGCCAGUGUUAGUCCUCAACUUGUAUUCAGAUCAAACUAAGGCACAAUUUUAAUCAAUAAGUAACUAAAACAAGCAACUGUUUAUUCACCAAAGUGUCUAUUAUCAUUUAAAAUAAAAAACAAGUCAGCUUCUUGGUCAAUUAGUCAUGAAUUGGGAAGUGAAUGAUAGAAAUGUUGGAAUUGUCUUGUCUUCCCUGAUAAGACAGGAAAUGUUGUUGAAAACAAAGGAAUUAGCAUUAAGCCAUGUAAAUGUUCUAGAAUUAGCACUGAAGAUCAAUUGGGGCUUGAGAGAGCUGUUCGCCUGGUGAAUUCAACCUGUUUACAACACAGAAACAAAGCUUUUCUGCCCUCUGCCCUCAGUUAUCUCUUUUCCUUUCUACAUAGUUUGUCUCCCCUUGUCUCUUUCCUUCCCUUUCCAUGUACAGUUACACUUUCCAGUCAUCCUAUCUCCAUUCCCUUUUCUUUGUUGAGGUUUCUUUUAGAAGAAGGAGCAUGUGUGCUCCUCUGUGUGAGAGACGUAUUUGUGAGAAAAUGAUUGAUAUAUGCCGAUGGGCUUCAUUUAAGUUUGCAAAUGGUGCACCUUUGUUUAUAAGUGCUUAAUUGUAAUUAUUUGUUAUUCAAUUAAUGUACAUUUUUUCUUUUUUGGAUAUGCCUUCUAGGAUUUCUAUGAACAGCACACCUAUAAGCAUACACAUGCACAAGUGUGCUCCUCUUUUCAGUAUUCUCUACAGGUUCAAUGACCAUUCAGCUCUAUGAGGGUGCUGAAUGAGGGGGACUUAGGAUGGAACUUCAGAGUUCCAGCCAUUGCAACAUACCCAUGGUCACCUAGUUGCGAUUCCUGACAUUCUCUGCCAGCUUCCCACAAACAAAAUCAACAAGGACACCAGCAAAGAAUCCAAAGUCAUGAGCAUGUGAUGUCCUUGAUUAAUGAUUUAUGUAAUCUUUGUUUAACAAUGGCAACCUUGCCAUCAUUAACUGAUGCAGUCACAUGAUUUCAUGCUCUAUAACCAUGUCACUUAGUGAUGGAGUUCCUGGUGCCAAUUGCUAUCAUAACCUGGGGAGUACCUGUAUUCAGAAAGAGUCCACAAUGUUGAUACACCAAACUAUGUUACACCAAAUUAUUAUCCUGAGUAACAUAACAUUUUCUGGAGUAAUAUUCUUCAAGUUGGCAAUUUCUAGAUAUGUCGCAAUGGCAACUUCCACCAUGUACAGCUCUUACAAAUGCAGAAUCUCCUGGCUUAGACUUAUGGAAUUCUUGAUCCAUCUGGAAGAUACUGAGUUUGGAAAUAUUACUCUAAUAUGGCUGAGGUUUACCAUAUUGUCUUAUACCAUUUUGACUUUUUUCACCUUUAUUUUUUUAAAUUUAAUUCAUUUUGAAUUCUUUCUAAUGUUUUCUCUAGUACCAGGUCCUUUCCUGGAGUAACUUCUUAGGUUCAUCUUCUGACUUGCACUCUCUCUGUAAAGAUUUGCUGUGUAAUUGAUAUCACUAAUACCAAAGCCAUUUGGAACUAUCUCAUAUUGCUGAUGACUGAUUAUAGCAGGGCAACACUUUUUUUAUGCACACAAGCCUCUGCCAUUCUAUCCAAAAACUUUCUUCUCUAUAUUUAUUAAGAAUAUAAAAUCUUAAGGUCAUUAGCAGGCUGAGUAUUUUAAUCACUAAUCAGUCAGACAUCUAGGAAAGCCAGGUUUUCAGUGUAACAGCCUCUUAUGUUGCUUCUUCGUAGGCACUGCAUACGUACUGUAGCAUAUGUUCAGUAGCAAAGAUUAAGAUUACUGAUUGACCUAAAAAUGACUAGCUACAAAUUAGCUCUAUUUUAAAGUUGUUUCAUACUAUUCAGUAUCAGACACCUGCACGUUACCAUUUCUGCUUCUCUUUCCAAUUCCCCAAAUAUUUGGGCAUGCUGAGUCUUCACUGUACAAAAUUUGCUUCCUUUUUGAUAGGAAAGGCAUUUGUCCACAGGUUUUGAGAUUCUUGAAGCAUGGUAAGCCCUUCCUUGCUGACUUCACUCUUGCUGUAUAGUCCAUAUGUGCAUCCAUAUUGGCAAUUAGUGUCUAUAAUAAGUCCUCAUCAGUCUCUAGUGAUGUUACUUCCAUGAGCACCCUAAGGAGUCCAGUGAGAUUGGUAAUGUUGCUAUUGCCUAUAAGGAUAUUUAUGUGUUAAAUGCCAUUUGUUUUUCCAUUUGUUGUUACACUCUAAAAAAAAAUCUAUAAAACAAAUAUACUCUUUACCCCUUUCAAUUCCUGGCUGGAGAUGAAAGCUUAUGGAAAACAAAGGCAACUGGGCAACAUGGAUAGAUCUUGAAGCGUCUUAUUGCCCUCACAGAAGUAUUUCUUUUUAUAUAACACAGCAAUAAAACAACUCUUGGUAUCAAUUAUUGUCCCUUGCAUGAGAACUUUUCUGAAAUUUUCAAAUGUGUACUUUUGGUAGAAAAAUGUCUGUUAUAUUUCUGUCUUAACCUAUUUUCCUCCAUAUAUAUUCUAAUAUAGGUCCCAUUAUAGACAGUCAUUGUAGCUCAAUACUUUUGAAAGGUACAGGUUUAGAGAAUGUGGUCAUUUUUAUUUUUCUGGAUUUGGCAUCAGUAGCUUUUCCAGUUUUGUGCAGAGAGGUUGGACAGGUUUAACGCAAAUUAAGUUACUAUAACUGAGAAAUAUUAUAAAGACAAGCAAGAAUUAGCUUAACUCUUAUCUGCAAUGUAAAGGUAAAAGGAUUUACAUACUGUAGAAGUGUACAACAGCACUUACUCUUAAGUGAUUCUUCUACAGCAUUUAAUUUUUUUAAUGUUUCUGUUUUAAACUAAAAAAGUUAAGCUGAGUCUUGCUUUGUCUUGAUAUACUGUAUCUACAUUUCCAAGGAAAAGAGAAAUUCUCUUGGUCACUAGGUAUCUGCAGGACCACCAACAAAAUUAAACUCAUCUCAGAAGAUUCUCCCGACAGAAGUUCUUUAUGGUGCCCCAAUUUCAGGAGGUGCUGCAGGAAAAAAAAAUAUUUUCAGAAGAUUCACAAAUUUAUUUAUUGCUUAUUUACUACUAUUGUUUUUUGUUAUAAAUCACAGGGUGCUUUGCUUAAAGGUAUAACUAUUAUACUAUAUUUGAGCAUAUUAUUAUAAACCCUAUGUUCUGCAAAGAUUUGGUAACAUCAAAUUAAAAGUACUCCCCAACAAAAGGAGUUUCCUUAUGAUCCUCUUGGAUUUAAUUAAGCCAUGGAGAAAUAAUGAAUAUAUGUGUAUAAUGAAAGACUAUUUAUACAAAUGCUUUGGCUAUCUCACAACUAAAUGUCAAUCACUAUUACAGCAAGAAAUCCAUGUGAAUGUUUCUGUAAUGCUUUUCUUUUUGGGGAAGAAUUGCUAAAUUCACUUUCAUCAUAUUGAAUGAGACCUGCUAUGAAAAAAUGCAAGAGAAUGCUGCUGCUUGGUAUUAACCCACUCAUGUCUCACUUGAGCUCCUUGGGUAAAAUAUUGAUUACAUAUCCCCACCUAAAAUUAAGAGAUAGUAUUUUCUCAUUGCAACCAAUAUAGUAAAAUUCUGAAAAAGAGAUCAUAGCAUGUAAAGAAUUUCCUAUGUUGUGCUACUCAAUUAAGAUGGCAAUUAUUAAAUAUGACUGCAAAGAUUAGAUUGAUAUUUAAUUCAAAUCAUUGGUUUUUCAGUUGGAUCUAUGAAUCACUUUGAAUCAGCAAUCGAACUAGAUACUCUUGAAUCAAUUUGGAAAAUCAGAUGGAAGCGCCAAAUGGAACUGAUUGACUUUUCAAAUUAAAUUAUGAUUUGAACCAAAGCCAUUUGAAUCAGAUCUGAGCUAAGCUACACAUGUCUGAUAUCCAAUAUUACAAGAUGUUACUGUUUCCUUUUUUUUUUUCUUUUGACAGAGGGCACUUAUGGCAUGGAUGGGAAGGCUAAGUUCCCAAAUUUUACAGAAAGUAUCAACUGGCAAGGACUGGAAGAUUUGUACAGUGUGAAUGAAAGUUUAUAUGAAGCCAGACACAAUUACAGCAUUAAUUCUGAUGAC